AGCCCCUCAACUUUGUCCCGCCGCUGCUGCACUGUAACGCUUUCAUCCAUGCCCGCUGAUUGCAGACGGACCGGGAACAUUUGAAUAAACCUCUGAGUAUCAGUAUAGUGGGUGUUCUUUAACGAUUCACUCCUGUUUGAACCGUGUUAUUAGAAUCUCGAGGAGAAGCAAACCCCAUGGCUGCUAGGCGGUGACACAGCGCGGGAAAAUGUCGUUACUUCCUGUGCACUGAAGUCUUGGCGCGACAUUACAGUUGUAAACAAUAAGAGGACGUUCAACAAUACGCAAACACGUACUCAUUAAUAAAGUGGGUCAGAGAUAUUUGGAAGAAUGGAGAAAAUUGACAUCAAUGAUGAAACUGGUUUCUUUGCGCCCAAUGUCAGUGAAGAUUCUGUGGAUAUCUACGAUGGGCUGGAAGUGGGGCACGGCAGCCAUGCAGAGAAGCCUACGCCAACUCCUCCUGUGAAGGACUCCAUGGAUCUAUAUGAAGAAAUAGUAACAGAGGAGCUGCAGAGCCAGGAGUCCUCUUACAAUGAGUUGAAGUCCAGAUUCCAAGCAGCUCAAAACCAAAUCAAAGAGUUGCGUAGGAGACUGGAGCAGAUGGAGUUGCAGAACACAGGGCUGAACACUGAGAACUACCGCUUGAAAAAGAACAUCUCUGCACUUUUACGAACAGCUAGACAGGAGGUGACACGAAAAGAUGCUGAAAUUCAGAGGUUGAACCAACGGUCAGAGACAGGUUCCCAUCAUCAGUCUCGUACAAAUAACCUGCAUCAAAGUUCCUCCCAUCGGACCUCCUCAGGCAGCUCCACCAGUAGGCCAACUCCUCCACCACCAUUAUGGUCCUCUGAAGACUCAAAAAGUCGAGAAAGGAGACAAGAUAAACCCAAAAUGGUCACAUCAGACUCUGAACAUGGUAAAGCUCACAGCUGUAAAGAGGCCUACAGCCGAGAGCAUAGAAAAAUCAAGAUGAGUGAUGGAAACAGCUUAAGGUCAGACUCAAAGGAGCGGAAGAAGUCUUCUUCAAAUCAACAUGCUGACCGCCACAGAGAUUCCUCCAAAGAGCAGGAAGGGGAUAAACUUUCAAAGGAUCAUCAGAGGAAGGAAGAGCGGCGACGUGAAGAUGAAAUUAGCAGGAAGCAUAAGAGAAGCACUGUGCCAGAGACGAGCAGAGAACAUGAAAAACAGAGAUCAAAAGAAUCAGACCAUGCUAAAGGUGAUGUCCAUAGCAAGGAAAGACCUGAGAAAACCCACGAGGCCUUAAAAAGAUUAUCCGAAGAUCCAAAUACAGCCAAUAAAAGCUCAACAGAGGAAAAUAUUCCAAACAGGAAACUGUGUUUCAUGGAAACCUUGAAUCUAACCCUUUCACCAAUUAAGAAGCCAUCAUUGCCCCUGGAUGGCACCCAAGAUGAGCUCACACUAGUGGAGAAGGAUCUAGAAGAAUCUGAGGGUUCACAGCCUGAUGUUGAAGACAUGUGUGUCAUCGAUGAAGUAGAGAGCAGUGAGAUAGAAGGCAGGUUGGAAGCUGGAGCAGAGCCUUCUGAUCUCAACAAAACUCUAACUUCUGAAAAUACGCCUAAGAAGUGUGAUGAAGAUUUCCAAGAAAAGGACAAGAUCCAGACAGAAACACCUGUGGCUGACAAGCAGCUUAAAGACCAUUCAUCCUCAGCACUUAACCACCCUCUUGAUACUGCAAACAAUCAGAUGACUGCACAUCUCACACCAAGAUCACCAGAGAGUAGUUCUCCAAAAGAAACAGACGAGGACACAAACAACCAUGUGGAUAAAGCUAAGUUGGUGCCAAGCAGCAAGGUAGAUGGAUCUGAACAACCGGAGGCUGCUGACGGUCUCAAUGAAACAUCUAGAAGCACUGACGAACGACACACAAGAAAUUCUUUACGGAAGGUCAACCGUGGAAAUAGUACUGAUCAGUCUGUUACUGUCUCAGAAUCUGUUGUACUUAAUUCAAGUGUAGAACUUUCCAAAAGUGCAGUACCACAGAGCCUCUCUCUGGAUUUAGUCACAGAAGACGUAGUCCCAUCAGACGGAGGGGGAACACCUGUCGCUGAAGACAUUACGGACAAGGCCAAACCCAAACCCAAAAGUCAGCACAUUUCUUCCACUAUCCUAUCUGUAGACUGCCAGCAAGGACUGUCUCCACCCGCUUCAUCCAGAUCCUCCCAAAAGAAAGAUGCUUGUCACGUGCAAGAUGGUCCUAAAGAUGCAGAUGCUGUAUCUAGUACAAUAAGCCUGGAAUCAGUUCCCCAAGAAGGGCUGAGUCUACCUGAGGCUAUUUACGUGCUAACAAGGUCAAAUGAAGAUACUAAUGACAGCAGUGGCACCGCAGCUGAGCCUAGCUCUUCCACCGGCUGUAUCGGUGUGUCAAAAGUCAGUAGUACAACAGAGGAGACGGCAUUGCCAGAGAAGCACAGCGACCUCGCAUUCACACCCAAGAAGAGCUUCAGUCCCGGGAAGAGUCACGAGAGGAAAGUCGAGCCUUCCAGUUCGAUACCGGUAUUUCAUGACGAGGACUCCAUGAUGCGCACACUGAGCAGUCUGAAAAGGAUGCCUGAUGCCAUAAGUCCACUGAGGAGCCCCAUACGGAUAACCAAGAGAAAUCAUCUCCAUGUUCAUGGCAAGCCUGGCCAUGUCAAAAGUCUUCAAAAAGAUUUCUCCAAUACACCUGCUGAAAUCAACUCAAAGAAGUUGGACGUAAACAAAGAAAACAAAUACCCAGGUUCCCCCUCACAACAAGAAGAGCAAAACCUGGACAAGCUACCCGACCUGCCUUCAAAUCUCUCUGACACUGAGCUGGAAGAAGGAGAAAUUUUAAGUGAAAGCGAUGAUGCGACUGCGGUUUCUCCAGCUCCUGCUAGCAAGAGGGCAAAGUUAGCACGACCGAUCAGAAAUAAACCCAAGUCCCUGUUAAAGGGGAAAUCUGAAGAGAGUUGUGUUACUGUUAAAGAAAUGACUGAAAAGGCUGAAGCAUCCACGCCAAGUCCAUCUAGCGCCAGCAAGAGUCGUUUUAAAACGGUUUGCCCUGCAGCGACCAAAGCUUCUUUUUCCACUAUAGAAGAAGUAAUUGAGACAUUUAAGUUGGUUCGCUCUGAAAUCCGCAAAAAGUACAUGAAGCUUCAUAAAACCUUCCCUAAGAAGAGCUUCUAUGGCGUGAUGGAUAAUUUUCAGGAGUCUUUUUUAGAAUUCGUGGACGGUGCCCAUUUCGGUCAGAUAUGCAGUCAGGCAGGCAAGCUUAAAUCCGAGCUGAAGAAGCUGGUCGCUUCUGUCUUCAGCAAAGUAGCAAAUAAUGGCAUUGUGAAACGCAUCUUUGAACAGCAGGCAGUGGAUCUGAAGCAGAAGUUGUGGGACUUUGUAGAUGUUCAAGUUGACUAUUUGUUCAAGGAUAUUGACACAACGCUGAAGAGCCUUUGCAAUCCAGCCAAAGCUCAUGCUGGGGACAAGAGGGGCGGCGGAAACGAGAAAGUGUCGAGACAGCCUCCUGUGAAGAAGCCACACUGUCAACAGAAGGAUGUACAGUCUCCUCCAGCCAGCCUGAGUCAAACCAAGCCUGGUGCUGUUGUGCCUUACAGAACAGGCCUCGGAAGCAGAGGCAAAGACAUUAGAAUGACUCAUGUAGAGAAAGACAGUAAAGCUGACCAUCGUCCACCAAAUAAUACACAAACAUUGGUUGACCUACGUCCACAUAAAAUUCCUUCAACUCCAGAGAAAAACCACAUGGCUUCAUUGGUCGUCUCUCAAAAUGUCUCUCUGCUUGACAAAACCGACUUUGAGCUGCUCACCGAACAGCAAGCUUCCAGUUUAACGUUCAACCUGGUGAGAGACUCUCAAAUGGGAGAAAUCUUCAAGUGCCUCCUGCAAGGAUCUGACUUGCUAGAAACCAAUGCAAUCACUGCAGACAACGCCACCUGGUCCCUCAGUACUCCAAGGAAAGAUGGAGAAAGACUCAUUAGCAUAACCACUCCAUCUAAAUUUGACUCUCCAUCUAAACUGCUUUCCCCAACCAAAUUCGACACUCCCUCUAAACUCGUCGCCACAUGGUCGAGCAUUUCACCUCGCAAGAUGUCGUCCCCACAGACCAAAGACCAGGUCCCGCUGAACCCGGCUUUAUUUGAUGAAAGCUGCUUGUUAGAGGUGCCAACAGAGAGUCGGACAAUGCUGCACUCCAGCCUGGCUUCACAGAGGUGUUACUCCAUUCUAGCCGAAGACCUGGCAGUCUCCCUCACCAUACCGUCACCCCUCAAGUCUGACAGCCACCUCAGCUUCCUACAGCCGACUAGCAUGACCAUUAUGUCCACCCCAGACAGCGUCCUGAGCGCGCACAUAAGCGAGGACGCUAUGAUGGACGGCGAAGACGCUUCGGAGCAGGACAUCCACCUCGCCCUGGACACGGAUGACUCCAGCUGUGGGUCCGGCAGCUCAGAAGUUGCCGCCAUACCUUUCAGGUUCAAGCCAGACUUGCCCAUGCAGGCGCUGGUGAUGGAGAAAUCCAACGAUCAUUUCAUCCUGAAGAUCCGUCAGGCGACCCCGGUUGCAGAUGUCACCCUCACUGCCGACGACAGCUUAAGUCAAACACUAACAGAAGAAGAGCAGCAUGACGUCGCAACACAGGGAAGUCCAGCAAAAGCUGAUUUGUCAGAUGAGUCGCGAAAAGGUACCAGUCCUUGCAAUGCUUUGUCCUCAAAGAACAAUGUCCCUGUCCUCACCCAGCACUCUGGGAUGCGCCAGACUGCCACUGGUGCCGAUACAUAUCUCACUGAAGAUAAAAGUUUAACACUAACUAAGGAUCCAUUCCACAAAAAAGAAGAUACGUCAGCUCAACAAAGUACCUCAAAAGGCUGUUUUUUGGCUGAAUCGCCGAAAACUCGGUCUAAAAGAACUGCUUCAGAGAAGAGUUCGCACAACGUUGCUCAACGCUCUGAUCGUUCAUUUGGGCGGAUCAGCCAGGCAACCACCAGAGAAAGUCUUCCACUCACAACUGCUGAGAGUGCAAGUCCAACACAGCACAAACGUAGUCAACAAAGUCCCUCAAAAACUUUGUCCAAGUCACAAAAAACGAUCAAUCCCUCCAAAGCUGCUGUGUUAAAUAGUCCUGCUGAAAGCCCCGAAACAAAUCAAAGGAGGAAAGUGUCACUGUCACUUGUUUCAGACUCAGAGAGAGAAACAGAGGUGUCAGAGUCGGAGAGAAGUUUCACCAUUCUGGAGGACACAAGCAGCACGCCCGAGAAAGACCACAGCGUUCACGAGAAAGGACGAAAACGGAAGAGGCACCCAGAGAAACCAAAAGCCAAGCGGUCCAGAAAGGAGGAAGAGGAGGAGAGUGUGGAAGAGAUGGUGCCUGACUCAAAGAGAGAUGAUGUCAACUCCAAAUCCUCACUUUCACCUUUGUCCCCCAACAGUCUUUAUGCCAAGAAUAUCAUCAAGAAAAAAGGGGAAGUGGUGAUAGCGUGGACCAGAGAUGAAGAUCGAGCUAUUCUUAUGGACCUGAAAAUAAAAGGUGCUUCACGUGAAACUUUCUCUGCCCUCUCUGAAAAGCUGGAUAAACCAUCAGAGCAGAUCGCUCACAGAUUUCACCAGCUCAUGAAGCUUUUUAAGAAGCAGGGGAAGACGGAGGCGUGAUGUCACCGACUGUGUCUGCUUGAUGUUUUGUUCUGCAAAUUGUUUUACACACACUGUAAAACAAUAAAGGCAGGUUCAUGUGGCACGGUGCAGGAAGAGGUGAAGCCCUGCACGCUCUGACUGUCAGCUGGAUAGAAAUACAAACGGCUAAUUUAGCCAAGCCAAGUCGGUUAAGUCAAAUGAAAAUACCUCAGAAUAACUACUUCAGACAGUGGUGACGGUAUUUUGUUUUAGAUGUUGAACUGAUUGAUUGUAUGUGUUUGAAAAAUAAUUAAAAGUGUGAAAAAUAUUAAAUCAACAAUAAUGAGUGAUAACACUGAUUUGAACGGUGAAACAUCCAGCAAACAUCUGAACAACUGUUACUGGUCAUGCACUUCCUGGUAGCAGUCACCACUUUAGUAUUGGUACUGUAUAAUUGUAGAUGUCGGCUCCUUACCGAAGUUUUACUCUUACGGCAUAAAACUUCCUGCGGGCAGAUAUGAAGAGUUUCAAAUAUGUUGGUCCCAACAACUGAACUUCAUUGUACAUCUGGUCCUAAACUCCUCAAACCUGUUUGAAAAACCGCCUUUGAGUGAGGAUAAUUCCAGACUCCAGGGCUCCUCUUAAAUCAACAGACUUGUUUAGUUCCUAGCAUUACCCAACUUGAAGCAUCACCAAUCACUAGAUUGUGAGCAAUGGGAGGGGACUGAUACUUAGAGGGGCCAUUUUAUUACAAUUCUGUGUUUUUUCUCUUCUUUUAAUGGAAUUAUAUGAGGGGGG